AUGUCACAGGAGGUGAUAUUUCAUCCCUGUUGGCCAGCCAGCCCAUUCCUGCAGGACCCUGGUGCUAGGCUAUAUCUGUUGUCCACCCGCUGCCCAGCCCUGCCCAGCCCCACAUAAAAGAGAAACCCCCCCCCCCCCAUUGUCUCAGAUCCCUCUGUUGUUUGACAGAGACAGAGAGAGAGAGUACUGUACCCGACCCAACUGUGGUCCACCAGAUUCCAGGUAAUACUCAUUUGGGGUGGGGAUUCUGUGAUUCAGAAUCAAACUUAAGUAUUUAUUAAGUUAAUGACUUAUUUAUUUCGUUUCCUUAAUAAUCACUUAAGUGAAUGGUGGCGUUUUGUUGCUGUUGUCAGUGAUUUGAAAUGAUCUGAGGGUUUCAGGCUGAUCAGGUAAUUCAACAAAGGGAAGGUGCACUAAUUGAAUUGCCUGGAUCGGCUUUCAAAAUCUAAUUUUCUCUCUCCAACCAAGGUUUUCAUAAUGGCUGAUGAGUAAGUAUUGUUAUCUGGGACAAUAGGUCCGCUUGACUUAAUUAAUUAUGCGUAUAGUUCCCUUCGAAUAAAUUUUGUUAUUAAUACCGCUUUAAUGAUUAUGUAUAUCUCAAUCUCAGUGUGUUAUCUGUUUUAAAAAUACAUAAUAUAUUUAUAUAUUUAGCCUUAGCCUUAUUAUAACGAAGUGGACCUAUUGUCUUGAGAUGAAAAGCCAUUUGCGUCUUACAGCUGCAGCAUGUUGUAGGCCCCAAGUUAUAAUGUGUAUAAUGUAUGCUAUGUAUGUUAUAAUAACUGCUUCUGAGGGUAUGAUACGUCCGUUCUACCUGAUUGUGGAUCUUUUGCAACUGACACAUAACAACUCUGUUAAGCUGCCAGUUAGCCAUACACUGAGCUAAAACUGAGGGGAUGCUACAAUGCUAUACGCGGUGGAAUGGAUUUUUCCUAUAGUGUCCUUGCCCUAAUCUAUGGGUAAAAGGAUGACGGGGCUUGGGGACAAGGCUGCAACUGUCUGUCUGUCUGUCUGUCUGUCGGUCGGUCUCCUAUUACAAUGUAAUGAACCUCCAGCAGGUUACAAAUGAUGUUUUCUUUUUACUAAUGCUAUUUUUUUAUUCUGUGUCUCCCUUGUCUUUUUGUGCCCAUAAACCUGGUCAAAUUUAAGCGAGGUAAGUCUUUUAAUAUUGAUAAAUUAACCAUCAUCACCAUCAUCAUUGUCAUGACCAUAGUCAUCAUCAUCGUAUUAGAUUUAGGACAGGAAAAGUCUUCAUUCUAUUAUGACUUGUAUGUUAUGCCAAGCAUUUCUUUCACGUCUAGUUGAAUUCUUACUUGCAAUUUUGAACAAAGACCAAUCAAUCAAGAGACAAGUUUUUCAGGCUACCCCUCAUAGAAGUGUGUAUACUUUGACUAUUUUGAACGAUGUCCUAACAUGUCCCCUCUGUCCCUGUAGGAGCAAUACAAACCCAGGCCAAUGAAUCCCAAGUUAAUUGACAAGGUGAGCUAGAGACAGAACCAGAGACAGCCCUAGUUCAACAGUGGUAAUCCCUAUAUAGAGAGGGAACACGUUGUCCCAAGGUUGCCACUUCAAUCUUAUCAGUUAUUGUCAGCUAUCAAGGGCCCACAUAGCUGAAUGUUUUCGAGUGACCACAUCCUGACUAAACUGUAACUGGCUCCCUGUAUGGAUGAGUGCUAUAAAGAGAGUUUAAAGUAUGCUCAAUGGAGAAUCUCCAUUGAAAGAGCUUUUCAUUCAAGGACUAGUUGUGUGCAGGAAACUGGCCCAUUGUUAGGUCAAUGCUUUAGGUGCAAAGUAGAUUUGUUGUGAGUGGCAGUUGUGUGACCACCUAAACCCUUUUGGGACAACACAAAAAUGUCCCAAUAAAAUAAUAGGUCACCGAUCUUGACAAAAUCUAUUUUCACUUUCAAGUAGACAGCAUUGGGCACACAUUUGCAAUAACAUUGUGUCCUUUUCCCUACAGCCGAAGUCGAAGAUUACGGCUUCGCGUAAGCUCUCCCUGAAGGUAAAUUACCAUGCAUUAUGUUAACAAUUAACAUAGAUUAUAACUAAGUCAUUCUUUAUUAUGGAUACAGCUGUAGUGACACCAUCUUCCCAGCUACUGCAUAGUAGUAUCACACUGGUUCCUCCACCUCUGGCCCACCCCUGCAAUGACGGAUCUUUCUCUCAUCCAAUCAGAUCAUGCUGCUCACCAGGGCGAUGGAGCAGCUGGAACAGGAGACGCAGGACAGGGAUGAGGAGAAAUUGCGCUACGUGGGAGAGAGACUGCCCCCCCUGCAGCUCUCUGGACUGUCAUUGGCUGAGCUACAGGUGAGAGAUAAGAGAGUCAGCCAAUCGAGGGAGCAAUACGACUGGGCCAAACUAGUGGGCCAACCACAAAGCUAAACAAUUGGACUGUAACUGAACAACACUCAAGUAAAUAUUCCAGCAUGGUUAUUCUGUCACAUAUAUCUCAAUGAGAUUGAUUCUUCACUCUUAGACAAAAGGGUUCCAAAAGGGUUCUUUGGCUGUCCGCAUAGGAGAAGCCUUUGUGGUUCCAGGUAGAACCCUUUUUGGUUCCAGGUAGAAACCUUUUGGGUUCCAUGUAGGACCCAUUUGGGUUCCAUGUAAGACCCUAUGUGGAAAGGGUUUUACAUGGAAUCCAAAAGGGUUCUACCUGGAACCAAAAAGGGUUCUACCUGGAACCACAAAGGCUUCUCCUAUGGGGACAGCCGAAUAACCCUUUUAGGUUCUAGAUAUCACCUUUUUCAUGUAUGAUAUUUAAUCGUAGUGUGUUUCUCUAUUUUCUUCAGGACCUAUGCAAGCAGCUCCAUGGAAAGAUAGAUGUGGUAGAUGAGGAGAGAUACGACUGUGAGGCCAAAGUGACCAAGCACAACAAAGAUGUAAGUCUUCGGCCCUUUGGGUGAGAUGUUAUCCUAAGGUCCUGCCUCUUGUGGUGGUAACAAAUGGGUGUUAGUCUCAGUGUUGCAGCUGGGUCAGGGACAAUUCAUGGGUCAGUACCAGUUCCUGGGGUUGGCCCUGGCCGGGAUUCGAACCCGGGUGUUGGCUUAAGGUUGCUACAAUAUUUAAUAGUAGAUUUCGAUUAAAUCUACAGAUCCAUGAGUUGAAGCUGAAGGUGCAGGACUUAGGAGGGAAGUUUAAGAAGCCCGCCCUGAGGAAGGUGCGCGUCUCUGCAGACGAGAUGAUGAGAGCUCUGCUGGGCACCAAACACAAAGGCUCUAUGGACCUCAGGUCCAACCUCAAGUCUGUCAAGAAGGAAGACACCAACAAGGACAAAGACAAGGUAACUGGGACUUGGGCCAUGUUUAAAUACUUUACCUUGAAGUAAUCACUGAUCGAACACAGUGCAAAUAUGCACAAUCACAUGUUGCGUCUCUCAGUUUGAAACCUCUCUGGCACUAGUAAGCACUGGCUUGCGCAGAGAUGGCAUAGUACUGGAAACCAUGCUACUGUGGACCUCCGAGAAUUUGCAUCUAAUGGUUAAACAAAGACUAACUCCGACCAUAACGUUAGCUUAUUAUAGUAGCUAGCUAGCUAAUCAAACAUGAGUUAGCAUAGCGCUACUCAUUGUUUGAUUUCCCUCUACACAUUGUAUGGGGAUAGGUUGUAAUGUGGCCACAUGAGACAACUCUCCACGAACACAAGGAAGCCUGGGCACUAAAGCUAGUUAAACGCUGAUGUCUGACAGCACAGUGUUUGUUCCCCUUCCCUCUUAGGUGCUCACGGCUGAGGUGACCGACUGGCGUAAGAACGUGGAGGCCAUGUCUGGCAUGGAGGGCCGCAAGAAGAUGUUCGACGCAUCUGGCGGCCAGUGA